AUGAUUGUAGACCAGGAAGGAGAAGAAGAACAUGAAAGGGAAUUUUGGUUCAAACCUUGUUGGUCAAAAGAAGUGCCAUGGAAGAUGUCCUUCCUUGCUUGGAGGGUGUUCAAAAGGAAAAUCCCAUCUGAUGAUAAUCUGAGAAGAUUUGGAUAUCAACUUGCUUCAAGGUGCUACUGCUGCCCAAAUCCAAGGUUGGAUAAUUUGCAACAUAUUUUCUGCACAGGAUCCACAGCAUCACAAGUUUGGGGAUACUUUGCAAGAUCUUUGGGAUUUAACAUUCAGAUAAGAGGAGUCAAACAGUUGUGCUAUGAAUGGUGGAAGAAAAAACCUAGAAAUAGAAUGAUCAGAUUCUUAACUCACAAAUUGCCAAUGGUGAUCUUAUGGGAAUUAUGGGUGCAUUACAACCAGUGCAAGUAUGGAAAGGAAAGUCCAUCUAGGGCCAGGAUAAUCUUCAAAGUCACAAGAGACAUGGUGGAUUGCAUAAUGAGAAAAUGGCCAUCAUGGGAUCCAUUUCCUCCUAACUGGAACUAUAUAUUGAGGAGAGCUGAUUUGUUCAAAUGUAGCAAGAUAGUAAGAGAAGCAAGCUGGUGCAAGCCACCAAAGGGUUGGAUAAAAAUCAACACAGCUGUAAAGAAGGGGAGUUGCAGCUUUAUGAUUAGAAACUCUAAGGGGGAGUUUGUUAUGGCAGGAGUAUAUUCUGGUGACAGGGAUAUGGAGAUGAUAAUGCUGAAGGAAUGUUUGAGUUGGUGUAAGAAAAGAGGCUUGGGAAGGGUUCAGAUUGAGGGAGAGCAGGUGAGGGUUGAUGGGGAUGAGCAGGGACUGAGAGUUGAAUGGUUAAAAUGUGACAGGAGAAUGAAUUGUAUUGCACAGUGGCUUCUUGACAAAUGUGAAGGACAAAAUGUUGUAUAUAGAAGGGUGAGUGCACUCCCUAAAGGUUUCUUAUACAUCUUAAGCCUGGAAGGAUUCCCUCACUUCUCAUCACUCCCAAGGAGGGAUUUCAUUCCAGUUGACAAUAAUCAGAACAGAAGAUGGGACCCUGGUGGAAGAUGA